AUGUCUGAGGAGGCUGCAGGGGCGGCGGCGUCGAGCCGCAUCGGCAACGCAAGUAGUCCGUUGACUCCUGCAUCAACGUCGCCUGAGGGUGGACCGUUGCGUGGGGCAAAGCAACGCGCAUGGUCGGCUACACGGCAGCGUCGGCGGCACCUGAAGAAAGAGCAGGUGCCUCCUGCGGCGCAAGGGGAGUCUGCAGAAUCCCCAAGCGUCUCCCAGCGCUGUGCCCCCCCCCCAUCAGCAUCUUGGUACUCAGCCUCGGCAGCAGAAUCGGCUGCAGCAUGCGCGUGUGGCGUGUGCGAUGGCUCGUACUCGGGGACGUGCGUGGGAGGGCGCUGCUCGCUUGCGGGCUGUGGCGUGGAGGGUGACAUGGAGGUGGAUGGCGAGGAGCAGCAAGCGCAGGAGCAAGAGCAGCCGUUGCUGUGCGAGACGUGCGAGGGGCGAGACUUUUGCGGCGAGGACGACGAGGAGUCUUCUCCGUGCAAUCCGGGUGAAGAGACGCCUGUUGUGGUGUGGGGGCGCUGUUUGUCGAGCGACGGCUGGCGAGAGGAGCAUGGCAGCUUGAGCAGCAGCGACGAGUCGAGCAGCAGCAGCAAUCCUACUCCUACUCCCAGUCCACCCUUCCCACAGGAUCAUGCUGCGUGCUCCAGCGUCUGCGCUCACGCGAGGUGGUCUUUCGGAGAGGACAAAGCAGACGCCGUCGAAGCGGAGCCGUGGAUAAGCGAGGCUGUGAGGUACAUGGAAAUCGUUGUCGAAGGCAGCAGCAGCGGCGUGGAUUGUGUCGAGCUAACCACAUCCCCAUCCUCCUCGUCUGCAGCUUCCGCCGCCUGCACAAACAGCAGAACGAGAUAUAAGGCCCCAUCAGAAGCCAGCCGCAGUCUGGACCUUAUGCCUCAACACGUGGCAGCUGCUGCUGCAGCGACUCUGGCAGAAGCGGGGGGAGGUUCUCGAAGGGCACGCCGCAAGACGGCAACGGGAGACUUCGCGCAGGGGAGAGCAGCAGACGCAUCGGAAGCUGGAGAAGCAGUGGUUGCAGACGUUUCCCACGGGGUGUCACUACAAGAGGUGCAUGUGCUUGUGCUCAAGCUGUACCAGGAGCUGCAAAAGGUUGCUGCACAGGUUAUGGCCAAGGGGUGUGAAUGCGCCCGUGGCUCCUGUCUUCAGCAACAAAAACAACAACAGCCACAGCAGCAGAAGCAGCAGCAGAAGCAGCAGCAGCAGCAGGGAACUCCGCCCAUGUCGAACGCAGAAGACGAAGCGUGUAAUAGCGCCGAUAGCGGGAAGAGUAGUGCCUCCAGCAGCAAGGGCAGUGGAGGAAGCGGCAGCAGGCUCUGCGCGUGUUGCGCUUUUGGCACGCCAUUGCGCAUUGGCGCUGCAUUGACGCACCUCUACAACGAGAAUCCUGACCGCUUCUCGCUGCUAAUCCAUGAUUCCGUGCUGCUGGCUCUGCUGCCGCUGCAGCGACACGCAGCAGCCGCGCUUGCGGAUGCAGUAGUGCAGCAGCCGUCUCCGCUCGCUGGCCUCUUGGGGGGGGGGGCACCCUCCGAGUUGCUGAAACAAACUGCGGAGGCAACUGCAGCGCGCGUGGUGGCUGCUGGUGCAGCUUCGUCGCGCAUGCCCACGAGGAGCGAUUGCAGCAAACCGCAGCAGGAGCGGCAGCAGGAGACAGCGGCUGCUGCAGAGUCUAAGGGCCCCGCAGUGUAUGCGAUUGCUGCACAGCGGUACUGGAGCAGCAGCAGCAGCAGUGGCUUGAAAUGGGGGGAUCAGAUCAAGAGGCGCUCGUGGCCAGGGUGCAUGUGGAAGCCAAAGUCACGAGAAUCGAAGGGGAGUUAUAGCUGUUGUGGAGUGCCUCUGUGCCCUCACAAGCUUGCCGCUGCGAAGCGGUACAUGGAGCAGCAGCAGUUCCCACAAAGGGAAGUGCUGUAUCGGCAGCUCCCCCAGAAGAGUAUCGUGCCCACAGCCCAUUACGCUGUGCAAGAAGCGCAGCAAGAGUAUCGGUUGGAGCAACAACCCAAAGCAUCAACUUAUCGGGAAGCGCUUGCUUCUGCCAAAGAUGCAGAGGCAAGCCCCUCUGCUCGCAAGAGAGAAGACAGCGAGGAAGAAAGCCUAGCAGCAUCGACACCCAAAGAAAGGACAGCCGCAAAGACGGCUGCCACGCCCUCAGCGAAGGCAGCAGGUGACGGCAAGACGCCCGCGGCGCUUACGGGCACUUACGAAUUGGUAGAGAAUGAUGCCACUAGCAACGGGAGAUUUAGCGCCUCUGCAGACGAAGAAUGUGGAACGAAUUCUACCAAUAGUGAGAGAUCGGAUCCAAAUGUGGAUUUCCCGCAAGGGGCGGCCAAUCGAGGAGAAGAAUCUGGGCUGCCCCUGCGGUGUACGCACACAGCAGUGCCCCGUCCGGCUCUGAAGACGAACCCCGUAUUAAGGCGGCUGAUGCAGCUCCAAGGGGGAGCUGGCAUGCGAGAGGGCCAAGCGAAACAGCAAGGUGGGCAGAGAGAAGAGCAGAAAGGAGCCGGCAGGGGAAUUCGUGCCGCCACGGGGGGAGGUAUUCAGACGUCGCUUGGUGGUUGUCUUGGCGAGAGCCCGCCAGUUUGUUUGUGCGGGCUGAUGACGGUCACCUUCUUGGUUGGCGCAAGUGAAAAACCUUCCUGGUCAUGCCAACGACUCUUGUUUGAAUCAUGGAGAGAAGACUGA